CGGUGUAACUACACUCCGCCCCCUAACGCCGUCUCCCUGUCUCUUCCAACUCCCAGGGGACGAUGCCGAACUCCGGCUCAUCCUGGUCGGAAAGUCGGGCGGUGGGAAAAGCGCCACGGGCAACACCAUCCUCGGACGGAAGGAGUUUGAGUCCACCGUGUCAGCCAAGACCACCACCCUGAGGUGCCAGAGGGGGCAGGGAAGCUGGCAGGGCACGGCGGUCUACGUGGUCGACACCCCCGGCCUGUUGGACACCGAUGACUACACGGAGAUCAUGCGACGGGAGAUCCUGGCUUGCGUCGACCUCUCCCGGCCCGGCCCUCACGCCCUGAUCUUGGUCACCCGGGUGGGACACUUCCCUGCCAAAGACGCCGUCGCCGCCAAGUGCGUCUGGGAUAUCUUUGGGCCCGAAUCCGCCCGGCACACCGUCGUCCUCUUCACCUGCGUGGAGAAUCUGGGAGGGACCCCCCUGCAGGAGUACGUCCGCAACACCGACAACCGGGACCUGCAGGAACUGAUCGGGCGGUGCGGGCACCGCUUCUGCGGUUUCAACAACGGGGCAGUGGGCGCCGAGCGGGCAAGGCAGGUCUCCGAGUUGAUGGCGAUAGUGAGGAGAACCGUCAUCGAGAACGGCGGGCGGCACUACGUCAACCGGCUGUAUUUGGAGCCCAACCUGAGGGACGCCAUCGUCCAGGUUUUCGUGGCGGAGAACCGCAACGCUCGCAAAAUGGCCAAAAAAGCUGGGUGGUCGAGAGAAAAUAUUAUCGUCGCGGCAAUCAUCACUCUCUGUUUCGUCGUCACCGUAUGUAUUAUAGUCCAACUAUCUUAAAUGCUGCUUGCGAUGACCCAGAAAGGGCGUGGCACCAAAGCCACCCCAGUCAGAGAAGCCAGAAGAAUCCCUUUAUUAUCUCCAACUCAACCUUCA